AGCCCCAUCGAUCCAGGAAACUAGGACAGAAACUGAUGGAGCCCUCCGAGACCGAGGAGGAUAAGAAGAACGCUCGCGAGCUGCACCGCAAGGCGCUGCAGGGCAUCGUCACCGCCAACGGCUUCUUCACCGCCGCUGUCUUCGUCGGCAUCAGCGGCACCGUGACGCCGUCCCCGUCCCUCCCGCAACACUGUGUCCCAGGCGCCGACAUCGUCCAGACACUCUUCCUGUUCGAGGUGCUCUCAUUCACCACCUACCUCGUGUCGUCUCUCAUUGCCCAGGGCAUGAUGCUCGCCAUCGACAGCCUGGAGGCUAUCGACCCCGACCAAACGCAGUUUGCGGUCCCGAUGGCCCCUAAUCCAGAAGACCCGGACGCCUCUCAGCACUAUCCAUAUCCACUUCCAGCGCGGGCAUGGGAUGUCAGUAUGACGGUGAGGACGUGGUCGGCUGUAGGGACGAAGCCCCUGCCCAUCAAGGAGAAGCUGUGGUGGUUCCGGAACAUGAUGAAGCUGUCGGUGGCGUUAUCGGUGCUGGGGAGCGUCUUCUUGAUGCUGUCCAUGGUGGACGUCAUCCAGCUCAAGCUCGGGCUGCUGUCGUGCGGGGGCAUGGCGGCAUUGGGCGCAGUGCUGGUGCUGACGCUGUUGGGGCUUUUCGGCUUCGCAGUCUACCUCGGCAGUGUCAUCUACUCCCUCGGGGUGUACUAG